GCACUCCUCUCCAUGAGACCCAUCUCAUCACCCAUGGCCAUGGCCAUAAGACCACGGUGAGCUGAGCCAAACCCCUCCACACUCUCUCCUCCUCCUUCUCCCUCCUCCUAUUCCUCCUCCCGACAAGCACAGAACCCGUCUUUUCCUCUGUUUGGCUGGUUGAGGAGGAGGAGGGACAAUGGUCGGCGGCGGCGCACAGUCGGCCAGCGCCGCGGAGGUCGAGGACAUCGAGCUCGGCGAGCGGCGGCGCGCGGACGAGUACGCGGACGACGACGAGGAGGGCAGCCAGUACUUCACGGACGCGGAGGACCGGUCGUGGCCCUCGCACUCGCGCCACGAGUCCGCCGCCUUCGAGGACUGCAUCUCGCGGUGCGCCUCCACCCGCGCCAGCUCCUGCGGCGGCGCCGACAGCGACGCGGACGUCGAGGCCGGCGGCGGGCACUUCAGGAAGUCGUCGUGCGUGUCCGAGUGCUCGCUGGACGACGUCGACCUGGAGGCCGGGCUCGGCGGCGAGAGCGCCAAGAGCAGCAGCCCCGACCCCGAGAAGGCCGAGAAGAACUGCCGCAUUUGCCACCUCGGCCUGGAGAGCGCGGCGGCCGAGUCCGGCGCCGGCAUCACGCUCGGCUGCUCCUGCAAGGGCGACCUCUCCUACUCCCACAAGCAGUGCGCCGAGACCUGGUUCAAGAUCAGAGGCAACAAGACCUGUGAGAUCUGCAGCUCAACCGCAUGCAAUGUGGUUGUGUUAGGCGAUCCGGAGUUCGUCGAGCAAUCAAACGAAUCGAACACCACAGCGGCCGGGCAUGCAUUUCCAAACGAAAGCAGGAGGUUUUGGCAAGGGCACCGGUUCCUCAACUUCCUUCUGGCAUGCAUGGUCUUCGCCUUCGUCAUCUCAUGGCUCUUCCACUUCAACGUCCCGGGGUGAGUUUCGCAGCGGACGGUCCCUCAAUAAAAAGCUCCAAGGCCGUUACGGCAGCAAACAUGUGGGUUAGGUUCAACAAAUCUGGAGAAACAGGCUAAAAGGUGAAGUUAAGCUGUGAAGAGGUACACAAAUAUAUGGUCGGCGCGGCGGCCUUAAAUUUGCCUUGAUCGGUGUUCCGUAGUACGAAAGGAACCCUGAUCAGGAUCUCCCUCCUGCCCCAAGAUUUGAGUGGAGUUGAAGAUAAGCGGCGAAGAAUUAGAAGAUGCGUUGUUGUUCACUUGUUCCGCGAUUAUUGUUGUCUUGGUUUGAAGAAGAACGGGAUUAUGUUAGUGUUGCCAUUUCCUAGCUUUGGCGUUUUGCCUUGUGAGUUGGUGUGAUCUGUGUGCAGUCAGUGCAGAUUUCUGUAUGCCUACCCUUUGUUCCAGUGUUUAUAGUCCUGAUAAACAGGAUGAGGUGAGGUGAGGUGUCCUUAGGGAAGAUAAAUGUAGCGCCAGCUCAGUUCCGAACAAUGUUGUGGGAAAUAAUGGUAGAAACUUGCGCGCGUGGAAGAUAAAAUGUUGUGAAAUGCUUGAGCUCACAUGCGCGCGUGGAAAUGAUGGUAGAAACUUGUGUUAUUUUUUAGGUGUUUUUGUGAAGAACAUUGUUGUUUUGAAUUUCAGUUUUACUACUACUA